CGCCAUUGUGAGGAACAUCAUUUUGAUUUAUGAUGAGUAUUUCAAGUCACCCCACAGAGAAAUACGUAAAUGAUCAAUGGACCCUGCAAGCAAGAAGCAACCCAAGGGUUUUGCCCUAUCCCAAUGUUGCUCUUGUUCCUUUGCAUCAUCGUCCAGAUCUGAAGGGAUCUUGUGCAGAUCUUCUGAAUCAGCAGUGGCGUCGGAGCCUUGGAGCUCGGAUCCAUUCCUUGGAGAAAUCCUCUGAUGACUUCCCAGCAUGUUUGGUGCUCAUUGGCUCUCCAGAUGGCCCUGCCCUUGGCCAUGCUCGUCUCUGUAGAGUGAUUGGACACCCAGAUAGCUUAUUUGUAGAGUCAGUAGUGGUCAGCACGGAGCUCAGAGGAAUGGGCUAUGGCCGGCGCUUGAUGGAGGCAACAGAGUGUUAUUCACGAGGCAGGGGCUUCCGAAAUCUCUACCUCACCACCCAUGACAAGCAGGACUUCUACGCUCACUUAGGCUAUACCCUAACAGAACCUGUCCAGAAUAUGGGUUCUCUGGGUACCUUGCUGCCUAUGAGCAUGUUACAGAGCAUGACAACCACAAGGACUGACCUUACUUCGAAACGUGCACCCCAUUCUCCUCCAAAUCACCCACACUCCCCACUUUCUGCAACAAAUAAUUCACCUUCUCUAUUCUCCUCUCACCCACUUUCUGGUUCUGUACCACCACCCCCUCCACUUCCCUCCAUUCCACCUCCUACUGCUUCGUCAGUUGAUGCACCUUCAUCUUCUACAGCUUUUGGAUCUUCUAACUCCGCUAAUACACCACCCCCACCCCCUCCACUUCCCUCUCCUGUUCAUGCACAGGCUUCUCUGUCAGUUGCUGCACCUUCAUCUGCUCCAGCUUUUGGACCUUCUACCUCAGCUAAUACACCACCACCACCCCCUCCACUUCCUUUUCCUGCACAGGCUUCCUUGUCAAUUGCUGCACCUUCAAUUUUUUCUUCAUUAAAUUCUGCACCACCCCCUCCUCCUUUCCCACCUAUUGCACCACCCCCUCCUCCUCCCCCUUCACUCCCAUCUGCUCCAUCAGUUACCCCUUCGGUACAGGAUAUAGGCGCUACCUCUGCUCUACAAACCCCAUACAGGGAUUUCCGUGGAGAGCCCAUAUAUUGGAUGAAGAAAAGUAUUUGACUAUUUUGAGAGAAGAGAGUUGUAUCAUCUUGCCAGUCUCAUUGUGCCACAAUUCAUCUGCCUAACCCACCAAUCAGUGCCACAGCCUCCUUUUUUUUUAAAUGGCUGUAUAUGAAAUAAAAAUGUCUUCUUUUCUAACUCA